UUGGAGAGGGGUGACAGAUAUAUCUUGCUCUUUAGCUGCACCAUUGAAUGAUUUAAAUCUUCCCAGGCCUUCACUCAUCAGUCAGUUAAGAGAAACGUCCGGCAAGCAGCAUCACCAGCAGCUCGAGCUGAGCGCGUAAAAAAGCAUCCAGAUCACUCAGAGACGAAAUGUUGGGGAUGCAUCCCAGCUCAACCACCACGACGCCUUUUUCAGUGAAGGAUAUUUUGAAGCCGGAUCACCACCAUGACUUUGAAAAUGAGUUCUUGAUGACCGAUCAAGUUGUUCCGAUGCAUUUUCAACACGCGCACGGUGCGUCCAGGAGCGGGGACAUUUACGAGUGCCAGCCUGAGCCAUGCGUCCCCGGGAUGCAGGAGAAGCUCGGGACUCUAAACUCAGCAGCAGAAGAGGAGAUGAAUGAACAGGACAUAAGCGGUCUGGACAGUUCACCUGACUGUGACAAAAACUUAAAAAGCGGACCCAGACAGCGCAGGAAGCCCCGGGUCCUCUUCUCCCAGUCCCAAGUGUCCGAGCUGGAGAGACGCUUCAGGCAGCAGCGCUACCUGUCCGCCCCGGAGAGAGAGCACCUGGCCCACAUCCUCAAACUCACCUCCACGCAGGUGAAAAUCUGGUUUCAGAACAGGAGGUACAAAUGCAAACGCCAAAGGCAGGACAAGUCUCUGGAGCUGGCCGGGUAUCCACCUGCACCGAGGAGGGUGGCGGUGCCAGUUCUGGUGCGGGACGGGAAGCUGUGUGGCGCAGGGUCAGCGCAGUCAGCACCUUAUAACGUGACUCUUGGACAUUACAACCCCGUGUUUGGAUACGGAAACAGCAGCGUGUACGGCUGCGGGUAUCACAGUGUGUCUCCUUCAGCAGCCAGCGUGUCUAAUGAUCUAACAGGUAACAGCGAGGGGCCCUUCAGCCAUGGACACUUCCAGGCUUCAUUACAGGGCGUGAGAGGCUGGUGAUGCAACAAAAAUCACCUGUAUGGAAGAAAUAAUCAAAUACUUCAACGUUUUAUUGUAUAUUUUGUACGGAUUUGUAUCUGGUGAGUUGAAAAAGUCAGAAAAACAUAAAAAUAAGAUGAUUAGACUGAAGAAUAUCCUUUAUUAGGGAUUAUCUUUUUAUAUUUCUGAAUUAAAUAGCCUAAAAUCGAGUUAUUUUACAUGUUUAGCAAUCCACAAAAUACGUUAAUUUGCUACCAAUUUGCUUAGAAUAAAUGUUCUUUCUAAUGAAAUUCUUAUUUAUGUGUUUUAAACUGUAAUUCAUGUGUAAAAUCUUACAAAAGAUAAUACCACAUUUCCAUUACUCCCACUUCAGAUGCCUAAUGUUGCUCUUAGUGUCCAAUUAAAACCAGCAUACCUGAUUAGAAACCCUGUGGUUACACGAAGCUGUCCUCUCUGUUUGCACUUUAUCAAAGAGAGCCAUCAGAAAGCUAAUGGAUGGAGUGACAUCUGACCUGACAGGUCUGCUCUAUCAAACUGAGCUCAUUAUUGUCCCAUUCACAAAUCCGCUGAUAAGGCUGGAGAGCCUUGUCCUUGUCCCGCAGCUUUGCUUGGUAAACAAACCCGCAGACAGAGUGGCUCUUUAACUUUUUCAAACUUUCAAUCAAAGUGUGUGUGUGUGUGUGUGUUGGGGGGGGGACAGUUCCAGUCUGACCUGUCAGGAGCCACAUUCACUCACAAAGCAAAUAUUAAGACAAUUAAACGCCCCAAAACAAGCGUGAUUCAUUCAUCAAACAUUCAAAUAAUUAACGACUUGAUUAAAAUUUUAAAAAAUCAGACUGAGUGUUACCUUUAAUGGACACUGAGGCCAAAAAAAAAAAAGGCCCUAGGAGGAGAAACACCUCUGAGAUGUGCUGGAGGAGCGUCUCUGCACAGAUAAGGAUGAAGCUGCAGACAGAGAGGAGACCCGAGACACUUCAAGAGAUCAGAUAAGGCCUCUGCGUGUGCGUGUGUGUCAGAGAAAGAGAGGAGUUAUGUUAAUGGUGGGUGUGUGCAUGCCUUUAAUGCUAAAUAAAAAUAUUACCUUCACUAAAACAUCACAGAAUUUCAUUUUAGUGAGGGAAAUGUGGAAAAGUUUUGUUUUAUUUGUGAUUUUUUUAAAAUACAAAUUGAGGAUUUGGUCAGAUAGUGUCAUGUGCAGAGGGUUGAUGACAAACAGAGACAAUUGAGGUGCAAAUGGGGUAAAAAGUGGAGAUUUAAAAAGAGAGUGUGUGUGUGUGUGUGU